AUGGAAGUUGAAAGAAUACUUUUUAAAAGUACAAUCUUUCUUAUGUUCAUAAGAUAUACAAAUGCAAUACUUUUCGACACAUACUUACAGGUUGUUAGUGAAAACGAUUGCAACCCUAAAUGUCUGCAGGGACAUACAUGUAUUUUAAAUAGAAAAACUAAUAAAAAAAGUUGCACAUGUCCACCAAACCAUUACUAUGACGAAAAUUUUGGGUGCCAAAUGGUCAUUACUUGCCCUUUGUGUAGACAUGCAAAUCCUUGGGGAACUACACACACUGUGCCCAAUACGGCCCUUCCUGGACAACAUAAGAGCGGAUAUCAAUAUUCUAUAUGUAAAGAUGGACACACUAAGGAUGAAAUGAGAACAUUUUGCCGACGAUAUAACGCUUGUGAGAGAGGGGCCAAAAUUUGCCCCGAACAUAGCACCUGUAUCAUUGAUAAUAAAGGCCAUGCGGUUUGUAACCUCGAUAAUGGUUAUAGAUGGCACGACAAUACUAAAAAAGGAGCAGUUAGGAUUGAAUAUUGCGGCGGACAUAAUAAGAAUAAAUGCAUACCCCCCGCAACAUGUCAAGAAGUGAACAACGCCAACUCUAACACUUUGACUGUAUGUUCUUGCCCUAGUGAAAUGUAUCUAACUAGGAAUAAGAGACAGUGUUCUAAACAACAGCAAUUUUCAGAUAAUAAGGUGUAUUCGAUUUCUGUAAAAAACAGAACUGAAAAGUUUCCAGAAAACUUUAAGGUGUUUUUAGAUGGUUGCUUUGAUGUACAAUUGGAUGGGAAGGAGGGAGUAGUGAUUUACAAAUCAAGUGAUACCGUUUCAUCUAUAAAAAGUAUCGUUAAUAUACCGACUGAUUUAAAAUCAAUACACUUUGAAAUGAAGUUUAAAACGUUGAACAUUUUUGUAGAAAAUGGAAAUGAUAUGCAUCCUAUUUUUUCCAUCAAAUUUGAUCAUUCUGACUGCAAAUUUAUUGAAAGUAUCGAAGGAUUAGAGAUUGGCGAUGAUAUUUUGAGGACUGAGUCUAAUAUGAGGGACCUCCACCCGACAUUAUAG